AUGGCGGAAUCCAAGGCGCAAGAGGCCGCUCCAGAGGCUGAGAAGGAGGUGCGGGUAGACAAUGCCGUUGACGCGGACGAGAAGCUGGACCAUAAACUCGACGAGAAGGCAAAGGUUGCCGAUUACAAGGCGGAUGCCAUUGAAGCAGAGAAUGCGGAACAUAAUAUGACGGUGCUCCAGGCCGUUAGAGAGUACCCCAUGGCUUCCUUUUGGGCAUUCGUCAUGUCCUUUACCAUUAUCAUGGAGUCGUACGAUGUCUUCCUCUGCAACAACUUCCUCGCCCUAGGUGCCUUCAGGGCAAAGUACGGCCAACCUGUCGACGACAACCCGCUCAACAAUGUUAUCGUCACCAAGUGGCAGUCCGCACUUUCAGUGUCUGGACAGCUCGGUGCGCUUGUUGGCGUCUGCCUUGCUGGCUCCCUUACCAGCUGGUUGGGAUACCGCUACGCAACCCUGACUGGCCUGAUGCUCUUGAACGUCUUCAUCUUCGCCUUUUACUACGCCGAAUCAAUGCCCGUCAUCUUCGCGGCCCAAAUUCUCGAGGGUAUCCCAUGGGGCAUCUUCAUUGCUAAUGCGCCGGCAUACUGCAGUGAGAUUGUGCCUAUCCCGCUGCGAGCCCCUUGCACCCAGAUGCUGCAGAUGUUCUGGGCCAUUGGUAGUAUUAUUGUGGGUGCUGUCACUUACAGCUACCAGGGCCUUGACAGCCCUAUUUCCUACAAGAUGCCCAUUGCCCUUCAAUGGAUGUUCCCCACCCCUCUCGCCGUCCUAAUCUUCCUAGCUCCCGAGUCACCCUGGUGGCUAGUUCGAAAGGGACGUCUGCAAGAGGCAGAGCACGCCGUUGGACGUCUCGGACGGAAGUCUAGGCUUAACGCUGGUGAGACCGUCGCCAUGAUGCGCCGUGUCGUCGAGCUUGAGGCCACCGCUAAGGCGCCCAGCUACGUUGAGCUGUUCAAGGGCACUGACCUUUACCGAACUCUUAUUGUGUGCGGUGUCUACGCGGCCCAGAACCUUACUGGUAACCUCAUCGCCAACCAGGCCGUUUACUUUUUUGAGCAGGCCGGCAUGAGCAAUAAAACUGCCUUCGCCAUGGGUCUUAUCACCUCGGCCCUCCAGAUGAUCUUUGUUAUGCUUUCUUGGAUUCUCACCACGUACCUUGGCCGACGAACUAUCUAUCUCUGGGGUUCGGCUAUCAAUGUCAUCUUCCUCAUCGCCCUCGGUAUCGCAGGAUCUGUCGGAAGGAGUAAUGCAAGCAAUCUGGCCCAAGCCUCUUUGGGCCUCAUCAUCUCCGUGCUCUUUACCUUGGGACCCGCCCCGGCCUCCUGGGUCAUUAUUGGUGAGACAUCGGCCAUCCGUCUUAGGCCCCUGACUACUGGAGUGGGCCGCGCUGCCUACUACAUCGUUGAAUUUCCUUGCAUCUUCUUGGCCAGCUGGAUGCUCAACCCCGAGGGUGGAAACCUCGCUGGCAGAUGUGGUUACGUCUGGGCUGCUACAGGAUUUGUCUGCUAUGUCCUGGCAUACUUCUUCCUGCCUGAAAUGAAGCAUCGGUCAUACCGUGAGAUUGAUAUCCUGUUCAAGCGUAAAGUUCCGGCUCGGAAGUGGAAAGAGACGGUGGUUGAUAUCGAUGACGACGAGUAG